AUGGCAAUCGUUCCAAUAAUUUCGUCGCCGGAGACCGAGGCCUCACCAGCGGCUCCGAGCACUGUUGAGAUCACAGAGCGGAUGCAGAAUGUGUCGAUUGCACCCGCAACGCCUCCAAGAUCUACGGGUGCCACAGCCGCGCGCUUCUCUGUGUCGAUCGACGCCACGGCACGCCCAACGUUCUCGGGCCCGUCGGUCUACACUGAGCGCAAACUCAUGCGUCGCGAUAGUAUAGAGCGCCGCGAGGCCUUUCUCAAGGGCAAGGAAGGUUCGCGGCAGCGCCGCCGCUGGGAAAAUGCUCGUCUUCUCUCAAAUCCGUGGGCUGAGCCACCGCUUCCGUCCGACUUUGAAGUGCAUCCCACCUACCCCAGACGCACUGUCCCGUACUACCUAGCACCCCUGUGGGACGCCGCCGAGUUUCAGCGCGCCGUAGAGGCCAAACUCAAGGGCCGAAAGAACAGCACAAGAUCGCGCGGCAAGAGGAACACAGGAAUCAGCCCUAUGGAAGAAGCGGCGAUCAGUAUUCCAAAGGAAGUUCGUGCAAGGUUGAAGCGUGCAAAGGCUGCCAAAGGUCUUCUUCAAGACCUUGAAGAGAGUGUGCGAGCAUUUGUACAAAAGUGGAACGAGCGAGAAGCUCGACUGCGGGAGGAGGGACUACAUGAUGUUCCUCUGGCAAGCGACAGUGAAGAGGAUGAAGAGAUCGUCUUCGUCGGCAGGAACGGUGCCAUGCAUGAUUCUCCCGGCCGGAGGCAGCGCCAGAAAGAGGAGGGAUGGGAUGAGACGCUCAGCUCGGAGAAAAUGGUCUUCGAGGGCCUGGACAACGACAAGGGGGCAGCUUUCGCACGUUGGCUCGUGCAUUGUGUCGGAAGCUAUUACGGCUUGAAGACAUGGAGUGUCACUCGUGACGUCGAAGGAGAGGAGAAGAGGAGAGAAGCCUACGUUGGCGUCGAUCAAAGAGCCAGAGGCUUCAUGGGUCGAGGGGUUGAAUUUGGUCGCGACAUUGAACUCCCACGGCCACUUUGGGGGAUGGUGUGA